ACAAUGUUUUCUUUCCAAUCUUUUGCAACCUUCACUUCCAUCACCACCAGAACACUACCAAAUUCCACCUCGGAUCGCCGCUACAACAGUUACCCCAAACAAAUCCACCACCUUCAAAUCUCAUGCAACGUCGCACCAGAUGACAAAGAGAAGUUAGUCGUAGUCCCAGAAACCCAAAAACUUAUUCUGCCAAAAUCAUCUCUCGACACACUUAAUGUAGAUCGGAGGAACAUGCUCCUCGGGCUUGGCGGCCUUUACACCACCGUCAACUUCACCUCCCCUGCAGCAUUUGCUGCACCUAUCACGACGCCAAACUUCUCCACAUGCGUGACCUCAAAUUUAGGUUUCCAGGACCCAAAUAAGGCCGUCAGAAGCAGAGCAUGUUGUCCACCGGCGCCAGCGACGUCAACAGCCCCCAAAGACUUUGUGUUCCCUAAAGACCAAGUGAUCCGGAUUAGACCAGCGGCACAUAGAACCACCACCGAGUACGUUGCUAAGUACAAAGCAGCAAUCCAAGCGAUGAGAGAUCUCCCAGAUGAACACCCACACAGUUUCGUUGCACAAGCAAAAAUUCAUUGCGCUUACUGCAACGGUGGUUACACUCAAAUCGCGAGUGGUUUUCCAGAUAAAGAACUCCAGAUUCACAACUCAUGGCUCUUCUUUCCUUUCCAUCGUUGGUACUUGUAUUUCUACGAGAGAAUCCUCGGGAAGUUAAUCGAUGAUCCAACUUUCGCUUUACCUUACUGGAACUGGGACCAUCCCAACGGAAUGACGUUUCCCGCAUUUUUGGAGGACGAUUCUGCCUUCGACGCUUACCGUAAUCGAAAGCACUUACCACCAGCACUUGUUGACCUCAACUACAGUGGCUCAGAUAGACACGCUACUUGUAUUCGACAGAUAACUAGCAAUAUGACAUUAAUGUAUAAGCAAAUGAUCAGCAACGCCGGUGACACGACAAGCUUCUUUGGUAGCGAAUAUCGGGCUGGCAACGACGCGUAUAGAAAUGGUGACCCAUCUGUCGGGUCGAUAGAGGCUGGUUGUCACACUGCGGUGCAUAGAUGGAUGGGUGACCCAGGAAUGCCGAACAACGAGGACAUGGGGAACUUCUACUCUGCGGGGUAUGACCCUGCGUUCUACAUCCACCAUGCCAAUGUCGACCGGAUGUGGAAACUAUGGAAGGAUAUGGGCAUCAAAGGACACUCUGAACCUACACAUCUGGAUUGGCGUAACGCAUCGUACGUGUUUUAUGAUGAAAACGAACAGCUUGUUCGUGUCUACAACAAAGAUUGCGUCAGUUUGGAAAAGCUAAAAUACGAUUAUGAAUACUCCCCACCCCUCUGGAAAAUAAGCCGAUCCAGUAUACGUCGUACCCUUCCCGAACCCAUUCCAUAUAACAUGAAAUCUGCUGAAACGGUUAAACAACUGCCAGACGUGAAGUUCCCCUUGAAGCUAGACAAGAUAACGAAGGUAGUAGUGAAGAGGCCAGCCAAAAGCAGAAGUCAAGAAGACAAGGAAAAAGCAAAUGAGCUGUUGUUGAUUAAAGGAAUCAAGUUUAAUAGCGACAAGUUCAUCAAGUUUGAUGUGUUUGUGAAUGGACAAGAUGAUGUCAGCGAAAGUUUUGAAGAAGAGAGUGAGUUUGCAGGUAGUUUCGCGCAGUUGCCACAUAACCAUGGUGACGACAUGUUAAUGAAGAGUGGCAUAAGGUUUGGGUUAACGGAGCUUUUGGAGGAAAUGGAGGCGGAGGAUGAUGAGUUUAUUUUGGUGACUUUGGUGCCAAAGGUGUGGUUUGAGGAAGUGACCAUUGACGAAAUCAAGGUGGAGUUGGUUCCUAUUAUCUGAAAGUAUUAGAUUUUAACUACUCGUAGCCCAUGCAUUAAUUGCAUCGCAUAUGCAUGGUUGCGACAUUUAUGUUUUUUCAUAAUAAUAAGUUGAUUUCAUGGUUUCUCUAUGAGUUAAAUCAACAUCAUUGCCUCUUCCACUACAAGAAAAUUUUGGCCUAAUCGAAUAAUUAGUGACCAACGUAUUAAUUA